GAGGGGCCUACCUAAUAUCGCGCGAACGAGAUUUUGUGUCCAGAUAGAUCGAUUCAUAGUGACUUGAAUAACUACACCUCAUAGCUUUAUCCCCGGAACACAGUCCUAAAAAGGUCCAUUCUUAUUUUUCUAAGUUCAUCACAAUGGCCGAAGUCGCCCAACCGGUUCCUGCUGAGUCGCAGGCCAAGCAUGUUGUUUACUGUGGAGUUUGCACAUUGCCUCCGGAGUACUGUGAAUUCGGUGGCACGGCCAAGAAAUGCGAGGAAUGGUUGAAGGACGCUCAUCCGGACAUGUACCAGUCGUUAUAUUCUGAGGAGGCCCUCAACUCUAAUCUCGCUACAUUGUCGGUAUCGGCUCGGGAGCGCGCAGCUAAGGAUGCGGCGAAGAAGGAGGCCAAGGCUGCUGCGGCUGAGGCGCGCGAUGCUGAGCGGAAGGCGGCGUCUAAGGUACAGAUUAAGCGGGUUGAGCGGAACAAGCGGAAACAUGUUACUGUUAUUACGGGGUUGGAUAUAUAUGGGUUGGAGAAUAAGAAGAUCGCUAAGGAUCUGGGCAAGAAGUUCGCUACUGGUUCUUCAAUGACUAGGUCUGCGGGUGGAACUGAGGAAAUUACCGUGCAGGGUGAUGUAAGUGAUGAUGUUAAGGAAUGGCUGCUCGAGGUAUACGGGAAGGAGAUCCCGGAGGCCAAUAUUGAGCUCAUUGAGGAUAAGAAGAAGAAGAAGGCGACUGAAGCGCCCUGAGGUAUUAUCAAUGGGCCGAUGAUUGCAUAAUGUACAAAAAUGCUAUGCUUGGGGGACAGUCUGGGUAUCAUGACAUUAUUUAUGGUUUACACAUUAGAUCAACGGAGAUACGACAGUCUCGAGGCUGGCCUUGAAAAUUGUCCUGAAUCUCGGUAUUAGAAACUCCAGCGCGCUCAUAGCUCAUCAAAUAUCGUCAGUGGGUCUGGAUCAGUAGUCCUGACGUUGGUAUC